AUGCGACUACUCCAGCAUAAUUGCCGCAAGACCUAUGCAGUCACUGUUGCGGCUCUGGAGGCAGGGCUGGAGCUAGGGGUGGGACUAGCAUGCCUACAGGAACCCUAUAUUGAUACGGAGUUCCGACAUGGAGGAUACCAGAUAUAUUGGCCGGAAUCAGGAUCUCGUCGAGACCGGCGAGUGGCGGUUGCGAUCCGGCGGGACCUAGUAAGUAAGGUGAUUGUAGAAGCCCGAACAGACCUCCUUGACCACCCAUACCUGAUGGCAAUGGAUAUAUGGGAGCUGAAUCGGGCCCGAGAGAAAGUACGAAGGACCCGAAUUGUCAACUGCUAUGACAACUGGCUGGGAAUCAGCCAUUGUUGGCAUGGGGGGAAUGAGAGACAGAGGAGAGCACUAGAGGAUGGGCAAUGGGACCAGGUGAUUGAGGGAAGAUGCCUGCUUGUCGGAGAUUUCAACGCUCAUAGCCCACUGUGGAACCCUCUUGCGAGAGCCCGAGUGAACGCUGGGCCAUUGGAGGACCUGAUAGAUGAAGCAGGCCUCUAUGUCAACAAUGAACUGGGAGUUCCCACUCGACCAAAAAGAACCCCAGGGAUCUCGAUUAUCGACUUGGCUCUAACCACGGUUAGUAUGGGGCCUCUGGAAACAUGGACGAUCGACCAAGGACACCCAACCGGCUCAGAUCAUGAACGGAAACAUGGACGAUCGACCAAGGACACCCAACCGGCUCAGAUCAUGAACUGA